GUGCACGUCCCUGCCUCGGAAUAUGGAUAUUCUCUCUCUUGACAACUAUUUGAAUGCAUUUGACAGCUCUCAGGAAUCCCCUCCGCUUUCUUUUAACACUCUCGACUUUACAUUCUUAACCGCAGAAGAGAGAAAAGCUGCGAAACCUUUCCUGCGCUGUCUGGGUAGCUUUGCGUAAAAGGCGUAAAAAGCUGGCCACGAUCAGUAGGGUUAGUCAAAGAGGAGCCAGAGGAGGAAGUCAGGAGGAGGGACCAGAGGCAGAUCGGUGGUGUGAGCCGAGACUCUAGACUGGGUUCUCACUCGGGACGCUUCCAGAGCUGAGGAAUUUGGAGGCUCUCUGUUGCUGCAUCGAGUGGUUUUCUCAGAGCAGUAAUGCGCUCUCAGGGUCGCUGGAUUUCUGAAACCCUGCUACGAAUCUGCCGCUCAGAAACACGCUGUGAGAGAAUCAGAAGAAUUAGUCACCUCUGCUGUCAGUGCCAACACAGGUAGUGGCGAAGAGGAGGAUACCGGAAGAACCAGUUCUGCAAGAUUAUUUGAAUAGAUUUCAUUUCAAAGUGAGAGCACACAAAUGCCAUUGUUUACUCCUUUGAACAAAUAGAUAUUUUUCUGAUUAAAUUUUUUAAUGAACAAAAAGAAGAUGUCGGAUUUGAUGAAGAAGAGGCUGUUCGUGGCGAUGGACGUGGUCUGCGUUCUGGUUGCAUCCCUGCCCUCCAUCAUUUUGACCAUUAGGUUUAAGCCUUAUCAACGAGGGAUUUAUUGUGAUGAUGAGAGCAUCAUGUACCCCAUCAAACCAGACACCAUCACCCACAGUAUGAUGGCAGCUGUCACCAUCUGCUGCAGUGUUGUCAUUAUCUGUUCAGGAGAAGCUUAUCUCGUUUACAAAAAGAUGAUUUACUCAAAUUCAGGCUUUAACCAGUAUGUAGCAGCACUCUACAAGGUGGUGGGAACCUUUUUGUUUGGAGCGACUGUCAGUCAGUCGCUCACGGACAUUGCAAAGUUCACAAUCGGCCGCCCAAGGCCGAGCUUCAUGGCCAUCUGCGCUCCGAAAGUCUGUACAGGAUACAUGCUGGAACUCAACUGCACUGGCCAGUUACAUGAUGUCGCAGAGUCAAGAUUAUCUUUUUACUCUGGACACUCCUCCUUUGGAAUGUACUGCAUGCUGUUCCUGGCGCUUUACGUGCAGGCCAGACUUGUGGCUAAGUGGGCCAGACUUCUGCGGCCAACCAUUCAGUUCUUCCUGGUGGCCUUCGCGGUGUAUGUGGGCUACACCCGAGUCUCCGAUUACAAGCACCACUGGAGCGACGUGCUGGUGGGGCUGCUGCAGGGAGCUCUGGUUGCCGUACUCAAUGUUCGCUUUGUGUCCGAUUUCUUCAAGGAGCGCCAUCCAUGUUACAAGAGGCCAGAUGUGCAGAACAGCGAGGAGCCGGAGAGGAAACCAAGCCUACAGAUUGCAGAUGCUGAGCAUGGCAACCAUUAUGCCUACCGCAACAACUCUGCACCCUUGUGAUGAGAGGCGUCGCCUCUCUUGGUUUGUAGCCUGCAGACACCCCAACCUGUGCAAUAGGUUUGGACGCAGGAGCUACAACUCAGUUUGUGCAGUCUGCCGCUUUUAGUUCAAGUCUUAAUACCUGUUCUGGAACUGUUACAUUUGUAUGACUUUAUGAGCUCAUCAGCUCCUUUACUCCCUUUUCGACCACUCACAUCUGCUCCACUGGACUGACCGGGGGGGUGGGAUGCACUACCCCUAACACAAUGACCUCUGACUCUCUUGUACAAGGUUGCUUUAAGUGAGGGACACUAAACUCUCUGAAACAAAGCUAUAUUGCAAUGUAACCAUACAGAAUAAUUGUAGCUCAUAUCUUUGCAAACACAUUACACCAAGCAGAUAAAGACUAACAGUGUGCGUCUUUUUGCAACCUUGCCAAUGAAAGUUUGAUGUCCUUCUUUUUUUGUUGCCAGCUUGUGAGGAAACAAAUUCUACAUUUUGUUCACUUGUAUCCAACAAGCGUACUAUUUUUUUUUUAAGACAUGCUUUAUUUCAUAGGCUUGUACAUGUGGCUGAAAUGCAAUUUUAACAACCAAAAAAGGAGAUCUCUUUAUAACUAGAUUAUUCAGCUCGAUUUAUUUUUCAUUUGACCAUUAGAAAUUUAGCGUAUUGAAGCUUUUUUUAAUAGUUUGUAAAGAUCUGACUUGUUAGCGACAGAGUUAGUUAAAGCUACUCAGCUAUGGACAUCGGUAAAGAUGCGGUUUGGGCAGAAUUGUUUUGUGCACCUUAAACUGCUCACUAGACCUGACAAAUGUUGCACAAGUUAAAAUGUCAGCUGCUGGCUAAUUAAAGCUUGCUGUAGAUGGAGCUAUGUAUCAACUCAACCACUGUGCCAUCGGAUAGGUGGUAAACUGUGUUAAAGUUCACAAAACAAUACUGAGUAACAACUCAAUAAAUUCCAAGACCAGCUGUACUAAGAAUAUCUGUUAGGCACAAGGAUUAACUUCAAUGACAUUCUUCUCACCUGUGCCUAUCUGACAUUAAACUAUACCCUUGAAGAACAGACACACUUUAAAGCUUACAGGUGAAUCUCAAUGAAUUAGAAUUUCCUAGAUCAUUAGAUAUUUAAGUAAUUAAGGAAUUAAUCAAAUGAAACAUGUGGAUUCAUUACACACAGUGAAAUGCUUAAAGCAUUUAUUUCUGCUAGGUUUAAUGAUUAUGACUUAUGGCUAAUGAAAACCCAAAAUGUUUGGUGCACUGAAAAACAUGUCUACAUACUGUACAGCAUAUGCACUUUGGUCAGGGCUUCCUUUGCAGGAAUUAUUGCAUCAAUAAAGCGUGGCAUGAAGGUGCUGAGAUGUCAAGGAAGCCCAGGAUGCUUUAACUGCGGCCUUCAGCUCGUCUGCAUUGUUGAAUCUGGUGUCUCGAUCUUCCUCUUGACCAUCCUUUGUGUAUUCUCUCUAGGGUUUUGGUUAGGCACAUUUUUGCUGGCCAAUCCAACUUAGUAAUACCAUGGUCACUGAAGAAUGUUUUGGUUUUUCUGGCUGUUUGAGUAGGGGGUAUGUCUUGCUCAGAAAUCAAAUCCCAAUCUCUAUAAAGCAUAUCAGUAGAGACAAACAUGAAGCGCCCUAAACUUUCCUGGUAAAGAGGACUCAUGCACCCUUUUUCCUUCCACUCAACUUUCUAAUAAUAUGUUUGUAUACAGCACUCUGAACAGACAGCUUCUUUAGCAAUAACUCUUUGUGACUUACUCUCCUUGUUGAGGAUGUUUGUGUCAAGUCAGCGGUAUUUCCCAUGAUUGUGCAGGCCACAACAUGACCUGAACAUAACCAUUCUGCAUUUAAAAUCUUUUUUAAUGGUCUUAAGUAAUAUUAAAAUUUUCUGGGAGACAGAUUUGUAUUUUUUCAGGAGCUGUUAGCCAUAAUCAUCAAAACUAACAGAAAUACAGGCUUGAGAUAUGUCACUUUGUGUAAUCAUAUUCUAAAUUAAUGAGCUUACCUAUAGGCAUCCUUUACUCCCUUUAACAAUAGACAUGCUUUACUAAAAUUAGUCCUUUGAAUUAAUAAAGGUUAUGGAUCAUUUCCCCCUGUGGGACAAAAUGGACUGCCAAGGUAAAAAUAAUUGAUGCUGACAGCUUUUAUUAAGCGCGACUUGACUCAUCACACUGCUACCACUAUAUUGCCUCAGACAAGGUUGAAAACUUGACCACCAACUUUUUUUUUUCUUUCUUAAUUUGUUUUAGUGUAUUGUUUAUCUAAAAGAUAGCCAAAGAAGGACAAGACAGCUAUUUUAAAAGGCUGUUUAUUCUAAAUAUAAAAUUUCUAUUCACUUUGUAUAAAGCUGGAAAGGCCAGCUAUGUUUGUUGUGCAAUCACCUCUGCUUGCCACUAUGAGCCACAAAUACUGUAUCUACUAAUGCUACGAUUCUUUAUAAAGGAUGAUUGUGAGUAUAUAUAUAUAUAUAAAUGUUUGCUUGUGCACCUUUAUGUUGGUGUAAUUCUAAUUCCAGAAUAGUGUUUAUGCCAGUCAGGCUUGUUUAUUGUUUUUGCCAAGCAAACAGAUUCAGUAUCAGGUCUAGGGCACGUGCUGCAAUUGGUCUUCAGAACGACUGUUGUUGUUUUAGUGAUAACUGGGUUUUGAAAGCUGGUAACACUGCUCUGCUCAAAUUUCCUGCAGCCAUAAGCUCAAUUUCUCUUCUUCAUUUUAAGGUUUUGAAUACAGUUUUGGACCAAGUUUUUUGUGAAGAUCACAGCUGUAUUGAAAGUAGAUUAGACAGACCACUGAUAUUAUGGGCCAGCUUUAAUUUGGACUCCAAAGCCCAAACUGACUCAAAUCCAAGUUGAAAUUAUCAACUGGAAUACUCUGAAUUCAGAAUACGGACUUGGAAAGUAAGAGAUUUCUCGCUAGUCCUGACCUCAAAAUCCAAUAUGGCUGCCGUACAUAUAUGGCAGUGAUAGCUGUAAUAACGAAAUGCUUAUUUGCAUCAGUUUUCAACACAUUAAAUCUGUCACACAGGCAAUGAUGUACAAUCUCUUUUUGAAUGUGUUGCUACAGUGUUUGAAUGUACAAAAUGAGAGGAAAUGCAUUGUUUUUUGAGCUUAUUGACCAAGCUAAUUAUAAUUAGUCACAGUUGACUAUGACGUGACUUUGCGAUCUGAAUUCUGACUCUCGAUGUACAUGCGGAGCAUAAGAUUGAUGCUGGGGCCUGGAAGCUGUGCUGGGACUCUCAGUGGGAGGGGGCUAAACCAAACAGCAUGAGCCUUUAAACAUUCGACAGGCAACAACAGAAAUUGGUUGUGGAGCUUGGUUCUGCCCUUUCUUGUUUCUAACAUGCAUAUUACACAGCAACACAAACAGCACACAUAUAGACAAUGAUGUACAUACAAUCCAAGGGUUUUAACCGGUUAAAGUACCUUGUUUUAUCCGUACUUAAACAUUCAGUACCUUAAAACGUAUGUCAGUUUUAUAGCUGUGGUUUAUAUUAUGUCUGCUUUGGUGUAGCCUAUAGAUAUCUAUAGUCUUCAACCUGGAGAAUUUUAAAUAAAGAUAUAUCCCACCCUAAAA